AAAACACUGGACAGUGGCAAGACAGGCGGCGGCGCAGGCACACAGAAAUCGAGUGGGAUAUUCGGAGAGCUCAGUGAUGCGGUGUCUUCGUUCAGAAACAAUGACUCAUCCGUGCACGGGCAAGAGCAGGCGGCCACCAUAGAAGUGCUGCGGUCUCAGUUGAUGGCGCUGAAGGAGAACCUCAGAGAGCAGUUUACGACCAAUCAAACGCUGGCGAAAGAACUCCAGGA